UUUAUCUCUCUCUUCGCUUCUUUCUUGCUCGUCAUUUUCUCCACAUUUUUCCCGUCCUUUUCUCCGCUUAUAACAGUGUACGUACGAUCACACACCCACAAGAGAAAAAACACUGACGCCUUUUUAUUUUUUGUCGUUUCGUUCCCCCUCUCCCACAGAAGAAACACAUAUGGAUCAUUACGACGGCGUUAACCGGAGGAGGAGAUCUGCACGGCGUCAUCAGACCAACGAUCGUGAAACGAAUCGCUCCAACGAGACGACGACUCAGACGAUGACCAACGGCCACGAGUGCGCACAUGCUUUACGUGAUAUCGAUGAGUAUCUUUCGCUAAGCUUGGGUUCAAAAUCGUACUUCUCUCAUCAGAUCCCUCCGGUGGCUAAUCCAUCGCUUCGUCUAGCACCACCGUCGCCUUUUGCUGAACCUAUGAAGAUGACUUGGGAAACAACACAUCAUGAUGAGAUCUUUCCGAGUUCGUUGGCUAAAACUUAUUCGCCUUAUCUCAUGACGGCGCCGAUGUCGUUGCUUCCACCAUCGUCGUGGCUGAGCAGAUCUCAAGGAUCAUUUCCUUCGCCGAUUCCGCCUCCGCCUUCGCCGACGACGGUUGAUCGCUUCUCCCUCGUUCUUCCGCCGAAUCUAACCGCUCCGGAGAUGGGACCAGCGAUGAUGAUGAUGACGAACACCGCGCCGCCGCCCGUUCGUAACCCUAUACCACAACCCGCCGUAAAUCAAAAUGAGAAGCCCGAGACGAUUCCGCCGCCGUUUCCAUGGGCGACGAACAUACGAGGGGAGAUUCAUACCUUAGAGUAUCUCGAGUCGAAAGAGAUUACGACCAUCACCGGGGAGGUUCAGUGCAGACACUGCGAGCAAGUGUACGAGAUGAGCUACGAUCUGAGGGAGAAGUUCGCGGCGGUUGAGAAGAUCUUCGUGAUGAUGAAAAGGAUCAUGAGGGAACGAGCUCCUCAGAUGUGGACAAAUCCUGAGCAAAAGAGGUGUGAGCUUUGUGGCCGUGAGAAAGCUGUGAAGCCUGUGAUUGCUGAGAGGAAGAGUCAGAUCAAUUGGUUGUUUUUGCUUAUGGGACAGACUUUGGGUUAUUGUACAUUGGAACAGCUCAAGAAUUUUUGCAAACACUCCAAGAGUCAUCGUACUGGUGCUAAAGACCGUGUGCUUUACUUGACCUAUCUCGGUCUUUGCAAGAUGCUUGACCCUAAUAAUGACCUCUUUGACCGUGCUGACUCCGGCUCUAGACGCUGAGCUAUAUUAGCUCUGCUGAUUGAUUCUAUCCCCUUUGUUUAAUUCAUCAGUACGUUUGCAACUUUUGUUUUGGCAUUUUGGACCUUUGUGUUUUGCUUUUUAG